GGAUGUUCAAUACUCAUUCACCAGCAAUACAAAAGAACUUGCCAUGGCUUCUCUUCGAUCUUUCCUAGUCUGUAUUAUAGUUUUAGCUGCCAUUGUUAUAACACCAUCGUCUGCACAACUAAGUGCUGGCUUCUACAACAAAGUGUGUCCUCAGGCACUUCCAGCCAUCAGAAAAAUUGUCCGUCAAGCUGUCAGAAAUGAACCGCGUAUGGGAGCUUCUCUACUGCGUUUGCACUUCCACGAUUGCUUUGUUAACGGUUGCGAUGGAUCAGUUCUGCUAGAUGACACUUCGACAUUCACUGGUGAGAAGACAGCCAGACCAAAUGCCGGCUCAAUCAGAGGAUUCCAGGUGAUUGACCAGAUCAAAGCAGCUGUCGACAAAGCUUGUAAGGGUAGUGUUGUCUCAUGCGCUGAUAUAUUAGCCGUUGCAGCUCGUGAUUCUGUAUACCUUCUAGGAGGUCCUGAGUACAAUGUCCAACUGGGCAGAAGAGAUGCAACAACAGCAAGCACAAAUGAUGCGAACACGAACCUGCCUCCCCCAUUUUUCAGCUUCUCACAGCUUCUAUCUAACUUCCAAUCUCAUGGUCUUGACCUCAAAGACUUAGUACUCCUCUCAGCUGCUCACACCAUUGGACUUGCUCGCUGCACUACCUUCAGAGCUAGAAUUUACAAUGACACCAACAUAAACGCCAAAUUUGCAGCUUCUGCUAAACGAAGCUGCCCGUCAAAUGGUGGAGAUAACAACUUACAGCCACUCGAUGCAACCACAAAGAAAUUUGAUACAGUGUAUUUUAGUUCCUUGUUGAAAUCAAAGGGUCUCCUUCACUCUGAUCAAGAGUUGUUCAAGGGCGAUGGGAGUGACAGUGAUAAGCUGGUGCAACACUACAGCGUGAGCCCAUCUGAUUUUUGGAAGGACUUUUCUGCUUCAAUGAUCAAGAUGGGUAAUAUAAAGCCUCUUACUGGAAAUGCUGGUGAAGUGAGACUCAACUGUAGGAAGAUUAAUUGAUAACAAAAACAUAUCCUCAGACAACAAACUAUUUUGAGUAUUCUAUCAUCUUGGUGUUCAUGAUUGUGUAAUCUUGUUAUGUACCCAAAAGGCAAACUAUCUUGAUUCUAGUUCAAUAAUAAAAUUGUAAAAGCUCUCUUUGAAAUUCCAAGUACACUGUGAAUGUGAAUACCA